UAAGGCGAGUGUGUUCCUCUCGCCCUGUCAAUAAUCUCCGCUCCCAGACUACUCCGUUCCUCUGGAUUUCGAUCCCCCUUUUUCUAUCUGUCAAUCAGCGCCGCCUUUGAACUGAAAAGCUCAGUCUAACUUCAACUCACUCAAAUCCGAGCGGCACGAGCUCCUUCGGUGUCUUCGGCUUCCCCCCCCCCUUUGCUCUUAUAUCUGACUUGUUGUUGUUGUUUUUUUUUAACCCCCCUUUUUUAUUUAUUAUUUUUUUGCACAUUGAUCGGAUCCUUGGGAACGAGAGAAAAAAGAAACCCAAACUCACGCGUGCAGAUCUCCCCCCUUCCCCUCCCCUCCUCCCUCUUUUCCCCUCCCCAGGAGAGAAAGACCCCAAAGCAGGAAAAAAAAAGUUAACCUUGGACUCGUCUUUUUCUUGCAAUAUUUUUGGGGGGCUCGCAAAACUUUUUUUUUUCUUUUUUGCUUCUCUUCCUCCUUCAUUUUUCUUCCAAAAUUGCUGCUGGUGGGUGAAAAAAAAAAUGCCGCAGCUGAACGGCGGUGGAGGAGAUGACUUAGGCGCUAACGACGAACUGAUCUCCUUCAAAGACGAGGGCGAGCAGGAGGAGAAGAACUCGGAAAACUCCUCGGCGGAGAGGGAUUUAGCCGAUGUCAAGUCGUCGCUGGUCAAUGAAUCAGAGACGAAUCAAAACAGCUCCUCCGAUUCCGAGGCGGAAAGACGGCCUCCGCCUCGCUCCGAAAGUUUCCGAGAUAAAUCCCGGGAAAGUUUGGAAGAAGCGGCCAAGAGGCAAGAUGGAGGGCUCUUUAAGGGGCCACCGUAUCCCGGCUACCCCUUCAUCAUGAUCCCCGACCUGACGAGCCCCUACCUCCCCAACGGAUCGCUCUCGCCCACCGCCCGAACCCUCCAUUUUCAAUCCGGCAGCACUCAUUACUCUGCGUACAAAACGAUUGAACACCAGAUUGCAAUUCAGUAUCUUCAGAUGAAAUGGCCACUACUCGAUGUCCAAGCAGGAAGCCUCCAGAGCAGACAAGCCCUCAAGGACGCCCGCUCGCCAUCGCCAGCACACAUUGUUAGCCCCCUCCCUUGCUGCACUCAGGGCCAUGCCUGUCCGCACUUCUACUCCCCCCCAGACUUCACUGUCAGCCCGCAAGUCUCCAGGGAUGCGAAAAGCAGCCACUCCUUACAAAAGGUUGGGGAGCCCUGGUGUCUGGAGUCGAACAAAGUGCCGGUGGUGCAGCACCCCCACCAUGUCCACCCACUUACGCCUCUCAUCACCUACAGCAAUGAACACUUCACCCCGGGAAAUCCACCUCCGCACUUACCAGCCGAUGUAGACCCUAAAACAGGAAUCCCACGGCCUCCACACCCUCCAGAUAUCUCUCCAUAUUACCCGCUGUCUCCCGGCACCGUAGGACAAAUCCCCCAUCCGCUAGGAUGGUUAGUACCACAGCAAGGUCAGCCUGUGUACCCAAUCACAACAGGAGGAUUCAGACACCCCUACCCCACAGCACUGACAGUCAACGCUUCUAUGUCUAGGUUCCCUCCCCAUAUGGUCCCUCCCCAUCACACUCUGCACACGACCGGCAUCCCCCAUCCUGCCAUUGUCACACCAACAGUCAAGCAGGAGUCCUCACAGAGUGACGUCGGCUCCCUCCAUAGCUCAAAGCAUCAGGACUCCAAAAAGGAAGAAGAAAAGAAAAAGCCCCACAUAAAGAAACCCCUUAAUGCAUUCAUGUUGUAUAUGAAGGAGAUGAGAGCGAAGGUGGUAGCCGAGUGCACAUUGAAAGAAAGUGCAGCCAUCAACCAGAUCCUCGGGCGCAGGUGGCACGCCCUGUCCAGGGAGGAACAGGCGAAGUACUACGAGCUGGCCCGGAAAGAGCGACAGCUUCACAUGCAGCUGUACCCCGGCUGGUCUGCACGGGAUAACUAUGGAAAGAAGAAGAAGAGGAAAAGGGACAAGCAGCCGGGUGAGACCAAUGAACACAGCGAAUGUUUCCUAAACCCUUGCCUUUCGCUUCCUCCGAUCACAGACCUGAGCGCUCCUAAGAAAUGCCGAGCGCGCUUUGGCCUUGAUCAACAGAAUAACUGGUGCGGCCCCUGCAGGAGAAAAAAAAAGUGCGUUCGCUACAUACAAGGUGAAGGCAGCUGCCUCAGCCCACCCUCUUCAGAUGGAAGCUUACUAGACUCGCCUCCCCCCUCCCCGCAUCUGCUAGGCUCCCCUCCCCAAGAUGCCAAGUCACAGACUGAGCAGACACAACCUCUCUCGCUGUCCCUGAAGCCUGACCCUCUGGCCCACUUGUCCAUAAUGCCACCGCCACCUGCACUCCUGCUGGCCGAAGCUGCCCACAGCAAGGCCUCUGCCCUCUGUCCCAACGGGGCCCUGGACCUGCCACCUGCCGCUCUGCAGCCACCCAUGGUCCCUUCCUCAUCUCUGGCACAGCCGUCAACAUCUUCCUUGCAUUCCCACAACUCGCUGGCUGGGACCCAGCCCCAGCCUCUGUCUCUGGUGACCAAGUCUUUAGAAUAGCUUCGCCUUGUCCACCGUCCUCUGCCUGAUUGAAGUGUUUCCUUCCGGUUCUUGGUUUGCCCUUCCCCCACUUGGAAAGCUUUUGUUUUGUGCUCUUAAUUUUGUGCCACUGUGGCUACAUGAGUUGAUGUUUAUCGAGUUCAUUGGUCAAUAUUUGACCCAUUCUUAUUUCAAUUUCUCCUUUUAAAUAUGUAGAUGAGAGAAACCUCAUGAUUCUACCAAAAUUUUUAUCAACAGCUGUUUAAAGUCUUUGUAGCGUUUAAAAUAUAUAUAUAUAUACAUAACUGUUAUGUAGUUCGGAUAGCUUAGUUUUAAAAGACUGAUUUAAAAACAAAAAGAAAAAAAGAGAGAGAAGCAAUUUUGAAGCACCCUCCAGAAGGACUUGGUUCUGUAUUAUUUGUAUUAAAUACGAGCUUGCGAACCAAUCACUUUACACCUUGGUUUUUAAACCACAAGGGCACAGUGAAUGCAGUGCCGUUUCUUUCUUUCUUUUUUUUUUUUUUUUUUUUUUUUUUUUUUUUUUUUUUUUUUUGUGAAACAACUUUUAUUGUGAUGUUACUUGUUAUUGUUUAAAUGUACAGAAACAAAGGGUAAAAAUGUGUUAAUAUACCUUGUUCCAUGGUGUUGUUCUUUUGGGGGGAGGGGGACGCUACUCAACAAUGAAUGGAAUCAGCGCUGUUGGACCAGUAGUAUUUAUUGCUUUAGAGGUUGCUUGUCGUGCCUGUACGUCCGUUCCUUUUUAAAUAUGUUUUCCUUUUUUUUUUUUUUUUUUUGGAAGUGUAUAAAGUUACC